AUGACCACGGUGUUAGUGAUGGUGACAGUUAGGCUUGGAAGAACAAGAGGCAUGAGUGGGCUGACGCAAUGUGGAAAGAUAGAGGAUUGCAUUGGGGAUAUUGAUGGUACUCAUGUGACUGCAGAUGUAUCAAGAUUAAUGUCUACAACAUUCCACGGGAGGAAACACUACACCAGCCAGAACGUGCUAGCAGCUGUGGAUUUUGAUAUGAGGCUCGCAUACGUGCUUGCUGGUUGGGAGGGUUCAGCUCAUGAUGCAAGCAUCAUGUCAGACAACUUGUCAAGGCCUGAUGGGUUGCAAAUCCCUAAGGGUUGGGGCGAGGAUGACUUCUUCCAAGAGGUUAUCACUUUUGAUGAAGUUGAGACUGGCCGUGGCGUGGAGGUAGGCGACAUAGAAGCCUGGAAGGGAAAGAGGCAAGAGAGUGCAGAUGCAAUGUGGGAAGCCAAAGUCCACGCCACCAAUUGA